AAUGUAACCUGAGAGUACAAUAGAGCAGCAGUGCUGUAGGAGAAGACGGAGAAAGAGAGAGAGAGAGAGAGAGAAAUUACACAGCAACAGGGACUUUAUUACACAUGAUCUCAGGGAGAAAUCCAGAGUAACAGCUCCAUGAUGGGUGUUCAUCACUCCAGCAGAGGAGGAGGAACCUCUGACUCAAAGUUAAAGUGUAUAGGAUCUCAAGAACCCAGCUGUGUGUCUAUGAAGAGUGACCGGUCCCUACCUGAGCCUCCUAAAUUCAGCAGAGGAGGAGGAGAACCCAGCUGUGUGUCUUUCAAGAGUGACCGGUCCCUACCUGAGCCUCCUAAAUUCAGCAGAGGAGGAGGAGAACCCAGCUCUGUGUCUAUGAAGAGUGACCAGUCCCUACCUGAGCCUCGUAAAUUCAGCAGUGGAGGAGGAGAAUCCAGCCGUGUGUAUAUGAAGAGUGACUGGUCCCUAUCUGUACUCUCUGACCCAGAGCAGAGCUCCACAGAAACUGCACUGCAGAUAAACACUCUGUUGGAGGAAACUGGAGACUUGAAUCAGGAUUCUUACCAACCAGUGGAUGAUUUUCUACACAGAGUCUUACAGAGACACAAAAUGAGCAUGAAGAACAAGUACGAGAGCUUAUUUGAGGGAAUCAGAACAGAAGAGAAUAAAACCCUCCUGAACAGGAUUUACACUCAGCUCUACAUCAUAGAGGGGGAGAGUGAAGGAGUGAAUGAAGAACAUGAGGUUCUACAGAUGGAGAAAAAAUCCAGGAGACACUUACAAGACUCUCCGAUCAACUGCUUAGACAUCUUUAAACCUCUACAAGGUUCCAAACAAUACAUGGAAGAAGCAAACAUUAGAACUGUGAUGGCUGAAAGUAUCAGACAGAAAGCAGGUCAAGAAUCAAAAGCUGUUUUCAAAUUUAAAGAUCUCAGUGUCAAAAAAAGAAAAAAAGAAAGAAAAAAAAGCAAAGAACCAAAAGUGAAUAAGCUCCGAACUUUGCUGACUAAAGGCUUUAGAAAAACUCACUUUGUACAGAAAGAAAGAAAAGAAGAUAACAGACCAGAAGAGCUCAGAAGUGUUCUGACUAAAGGCAUCGCUGGAAUUGGAAAAACUGUCUCUGUGCAGAAGUUCAUUCUGGACUGGGCUGAAGGAAAAGCCAAUCAGGAUGUAGAUUUCAUGUUUGUGCUUCCGUUCCGGGAGGUGAACCUGAUUAAAGAUGAUCAAUACAGUCUUCAUGGACUUCUGUGUGACUUCCAUCCUGAGCUCAAAGAUCUGGACCCAAAGAUUUAUGAUCAGAUCAAAGCUGUGUUUAUAUUUGACGGUCUGGAUGAAAGCAGAAUUCAGCUGAACUUUGAACAGUGUGAGAAAGUAUCUGACAUCACCAUGACAUCAUCAGUGGGUGUGUUGAUGACAAACCUCAUCAAAGGAGAUCUGCUUCCCUCUGCCAUGAUCUGGAUCACCUCCCGACCAGCAGCAGCCAAUCAGAUCCCUCCUAAAUACAUCAAUCGUGUGACAGAAGUUCAGGGAUUCAGUGACCUACAGAAGGAGGAGUACUUCAGGAAGAGGAUCAGUGAUGAAGACCAAGCCCAGAGAAUCAUCUCACACAUUAAGACAGCAAGGAGCCUCCACAUCAUGUGCCACAUUCCAGUCUUCUGCUGGAUCUCAGCCACUGUUCUUCAACAAAUCAUGAAACAGUGUCAUACAGAAAUCCCUAAAACUCUGACUGAAAUGUACUCACACUUCCUGAUCACUCAGACCAACAUAAAGAACGAGAAGUAUGAGGAGAAAGACGAGAGAGACCCAAAGAACCUGCUGGAGUCCAAUAGAGCCAUUCUUCUGAAACUGGCUAAACUGGCUUUCAGUCAGCUGAUGAAGGGCAAUGUGAUGUUCUAUGAAGAAGAACUGAGAGAGAGCAGCAUUGAUGUCACUGAGGCCUCAGUGUAUUCUGGGAUUUUCACUGAGAUCUUUAGGGAGGAAUGUGUGCUUUACCAGAGGAAGGUCUACUGCUUUGUUCAUCUGAGCUUUCAGGAAUUCCUGGCUGCUGUGUAUGUCUUUCAUUGCUAUGAGAACAAGAACAUGGAAGCACUGCAGAUUUUUCUGCAAGAAGAUCAUCAUGAUAAUGAGAGUAGUGACAGUGAGAGAAGAUACAGUGAGGGUGCCGACAAUGAGAGAAGAUACAGUGAGGGUAGUGACAGUGAGAGAAGAUCCAGUGAGGCUAGUGACAGUGAGAGAAAAUACAGUGAGGGUAGUGACAAUGAGAGAAAAUACUGUGAGGGUAGUGACAGUGAGAGAAGAUACAAUGAGGUUGGUGACAAUGAGAGAAGAUACAGUGAGGAUAGCGACAAUGAGAGAAGAUGCUGUGAGGGUAGUGACAGUGAGAGAAGAUACAAUGAGGGUGGCAACAAUGAGAGAAGAUACAAUGAGGAUAGUGACAGUGAGAGAAGGUACAAUGAGGGUAGUGACAGUAAGAGGAGAUACAGUGAGGGUAGUGACAAUGAGAGAAGAUACAGUGAGGGCAGUGACGAGAGAAAAUACAGUGAGGGUAGUGGCAGUGACAGAGAGAGUGACAGUGAGAGCUUUGAGUACAGAAGCAGCCCUGAGACAGAUAAGCACAAUGGUCAAUCUAAUUAUAUUUCACUGGAUGAGCUGCUGAUGGGAGCAGUGUAUAAAUCUGUAAUGAGUCAGAAUGGACACCUGGAUCUUUUCCUCCGUUUCCUGCUGGGCAUCUCAGUGCAGUCCAAUCAGAAACUUCUACAGGGUCUACUGACCCCAACACAGAGCAGCUCAGAGAGAACCAGACAGUACAUCAAGAGAUUAAUCAAAGGAGAUAAUUACGAUGAUGAUGAUGAUGAUGAUGUUUAUGAUGAUGAUGAUGAUGAUGAUGAUGAUGAUGGUGAAGGUGAUUAUUAUUAUGAUCGUAGUGAUGAUGAUGAUGAUGAUGAUAAAGAUGAACAAUAUCCCUUCUCGACUGAGAGAUCCAUCAAUCUGUUCCUCUGUCUGUCUGAAAUGAAUGACCAGUCUCUCUCCAGAGAGAUUCAGGAGUAUCUAAACUCAGAGAGACACUCAGAGGUGAAACUCUCUCCUGCACAGUGUUCAGCUCUAGCCUAUAUCAUUCUGAGCUCAGAGGAUGUUCUGGAUGAGCUGGACCUGAAGAAAUACAACACAUCAGAGGAGGGUUAUAGGAGACUGAUCCCAGCUGUGACUGUCUGCAGAAAAGCUCAUCUAGCUGGCUGUAAUCUCACAAAAGAUUCAUGUGAAACUCUUUGCUCAGCUCUACAAUCAACAAACUCUCACCUGAAAGAACUGGACCUCAGUAACAAUAAUCUGCAGGAUUCACGAGUGGAGCUGUUCUCUGCUGGACUAAAGAGUUCACACUGUAAACUGGAGACACUAAGAAUGGCUGUCUGUAAAAUUGGGAGAACAACUUGUGAAAAUCUGGGAUCAGCUCUACAAUCUGCAAAAUCCUCGCUGAAAGUACUAGACCUCAGUAACAAUGACCUGCAAGUUUCAGGUGUCCAGCUGAUCUCUGUUGGACUGAAGAGUUCACACUGUAAACUGGAGAAACUCAGACUGUCUGGUUGUAUGGUUACAGCUGAAGGCUGUUCUUUUUUGGCAUCGGCUCUGAAAUCAAACCUCUCCCAUCUGAGAGAACUGGAUCUGAGCUAUAAUCACCCAGGAGAGUCUGGAGUGAAGCUGCUGUCUGAUCUACUGGAGGAUCCACACUGGAAACUCAGGUGUGUGGUGGAUCAUGGAGGGGAGCUUAGGAUGAAACCAGGACUGAAGAAAUAUGCUGUUGAUCUCACUCUGGAUUCAAACACAAUGAACAGACUCCUCUCUCUGUCUGAGGGGAACAGAAAGGUAAAGUGGGUGACAGAGGAUCAGUUGUAUCCAGAUCAUCCACACAGAUUUGAUUACUAUCAGCAGAUUCUGAGUGUGGAGAGUCUGACUGGACGCUGUUACUGGGAGGCUGAGUAUACCUGGAAGUGGGGGGGUGAUAUAUCGGUGUCAUACCAAGGAAUCAGGAGGAAAGGUAUCAGUACUGACUGUCUGUUUGGAAAUAAUAAUCAGUCCUGGAGUCUGCAGCACAGUUUUAACAAAUACACCUUUAGACACAAUAAUCAGAAAACUACCUACAAUGGAUUUAGGGUCCCAUCUGACCCCAUCACCCCCUAUAACAGAAUAGGAGUGUAUCUGGACUGGGAGUCCGGCACUCUGUCCUUCUACAGGAUCUCUCCUGACACACACACACUGACCCACCUACACACAUUCACCACCACAUUCACUGAGCCGCUCUAUGCUGGGAUUAGAGUUUAUAAAGGCUCAGUGCGUUUCUGUGAGAUAGAAUGACCUCCUGAAUCCUGGAGUAAAAACUAAAACAGCACGAACACACACCAUUAUGUAGCCAGGCGUAGUUGUUGGCAGCAGAAUUGAGGACAGAAUGGGGUUCUUAGAUUCUACCUGUGGGUAUGAUGCCCUGUUAGUUUGAAGGUCGAUGUAGUGGUCCAAACUAAGGUUGAUGUUUUGGGGGCUCAGCUAAUACGUGACUGAUGAUCAUACAGCCUAUGUUGCUGUCAUUUGAAUUUAUUAAUGUUUAAUUACAUAUGCAAAUUAAAAUUUUAAUGUAACAUUUAAUGUAUAAAAUUUAACACCAUUGGGAGUAUCUAAUUUCAGUGAUUGAUUAUUAGAUGACCAAAUGUCCAAAGGUACAACCUUGAAACAGUUAUUUUAUAACAAAACUAGUAGAAGGUUUGAAGUCAAGCAUCUCUCUGAGAGAGCUGUUUCUACUUAGAGACUGAUAUAUUAACUGCGUUUUGCAUAUUACAUAUAUUUGCUUAUAAAACUGUGGUUUUAGCUUUGUCUGUAAUGUUUCUGGCAGUCUAAUAAAAAUGUCCUCUCUUGAUUAUUCUUAAUGAACUUAUGGUUGAAUCUGCAUUUAUUGUUUCAGUUUAAUUUAAAUGUAUGAGCUUUGGGAAAUGUUUGUGAGUGAUAUUGAAGUUUUUUCUUUAAGCUUUUUAUUGAUUUUUUUUUAAAGAUUUUUGUUUCAUUUAGUUUAAGUUUCAGCUGUGCUGAAGCUGAGUUUGAGUUUGUGCUUAAAACAAGAAGCUACAGGGGCGCAACCGUCUAGGCAUUGGCCCUAUUGUCAGAAGAUCACCAGUUCGAUCCCUGGUGAUGCUACAGCAAUCUGUGGCUGGAAGUCCAAGAGGGCACAACUGGUCUCACUCUCUGGGCGGGUAGUAUGGCCCACUGUCACCCCCAUCACUCAGCGCGAUGCUAGUCAGCGCAGGUGUCUGUUAUCUAAUGUAACAGAACUCCAAGUGCGUUCGGCUGUCCAAUGACGUUGUGUGAGCGGAAGUUUGAAAAGAUGCGGUGCCGCUUCAUAGGUCUCGGAGGAAGCCUAUGCUAGCCUUUGCCCUCCUAGUGCAGGUGGUAUUGUGUGAUUGGGGGUGUCCUAACUAGUGGGUGGAAUUGGAUAUGACAAAAUUGGAGAGAAAAAUUCAGGAAAAAAGGAAGCUGCAGUAGCAAAGUAGCUUAAAAAAAUCAACAUGUUUAGCAGGUGAAAAGCAGACAGUCAAUAUGAUGAGCAAAUCACAGCUUUGGAUUUAAUUAUUCAGACUUUUGAGAAAAAGAAAACAAAAGCGAUUUUAAAGGCAGAAUAUGAGACAAUAUUUGAAGUUUCUUAGUGAUUCUCUUCAGGACUAUGUCUGGAAGAUUUGAAGACCAAGCUGUUUGGGUGGCACUUGUACCACUUCAUACCUGGAAUGAGGAAUGGGUGCUUCAAGGUAGCCGUGAUGAGUGUAGUUAGCAAAGAGCAUGUGGGCAUCAGCACAGACACUGGUGUGAGUACUCAAAAUGGCUCAAAAUACUAGAGCAUUGGAACUCAUUUGAACAUCGUUUUGGCCCUUCAGUGACUUAUGAAAUAUGAUACAAUUGACUCUGGUACAUCUAUUAAACCUAGACGGAUACAAUAAUUCCCUCCCAACUCAACCUUCUGAACCUGUUGCCCCCAAAACCUCCUUGUGUAUGUAUAGAUUUGCAUAAACAUUUACCAAAUACUACUAAUAUUGGUGCCCGUGAAGAAUAACUGUGAAUACAUUCAACUAUUGCCCAUAGUACUAUUGCCAUCCCUUAUUUCUGUGCCUUUCUACAUGUCAGUGGCACCCCCGAACAAACACCUCCGCCACCUCCCUCAUCCAAACCACCA